CUUCAUAUUCUUAUUUAUCUCCAACUCUUUCAAGAUUAAUUGGGUAUCAGAGAAAGAGAGAGGGGGCGAGAGAGAUGGCGGUGGAGGUUGUUCAAGUUCAAAACUUGGGCCAUGACCAUCCAUUGAUGCUCAUAAAAAAAGAGGAAACAGAUGAAAGUUGGGAUCUUUCUUGCUACGGCUGUGGACAACCAAUCUCGAUUUCGUCGUCGUCCUCCUCCUACUACGGUUGCAAGGGAUGCGUGUUUUUUCUGCACAAAACAUGCGCCCAACUACCUCACAAUAUGACCUAUCCUUGUCACCCCCAACACCCACUCACUCUCCUUCCAAACCCACCUUACGUAGGUGGUGUCAGUGCCCAAUGUGAUGUCUGCAGAGAAAUUUUCAACAGAUUCACUUACCAUUGCUCCCUCUGCAAGUACGAUAUCGACGUGAAAUGUGCUUUGGUGGUGCCAAGUAUCCAACAGAGCAUCGAGCACACAAGUCACCUACACCAAUUGAUCCCCAUGCUAAAGGAAUCCAUGUUCUCGUGUGACGCCUGUGGUAUAAAACACGAAGGCACCUCCUUCCUAUGUACCACCUGCGGAUACUGGAUCAACCAGAAAUGUGCUUCAUCGCCUAUCGACCUCAAACUUAACAAUCACCAUCACCACACUCUAUCCCUCAUAUACUCUAUUCCAGGUCUCUUCCAGGAAAUUCACUGUAGUAUCUGUUCCGAAGAAAUUUGCCGAAGAAGUUGGGCUUAUUCUUGUUCCGAAUGCCACUAUCUUGUCCAUUUACAUUGCGCGGUGUCGGACAAAGAGAGCAACGAAACUGAGAAUCAAAGUCAUGAUCGUGGCCUUAAUCCGAUCAAUCUUUCUUCCAGCAAUUCGGCGACAGCAACCUCUGACGCGGAUCUACACAAGGUUAUCCACUUGCCGUUGCCUGAUGAUUCAGCUGAUAUUAUCACCCAGUUUAUCAAGAAAAUGGCCGCAAUACAAGGGAAGCACGAGGGAGCGGCAGAGAUCAAGCAUGGUAGUCACCGUCACCCACUAACUCUUUAUGAAGAGCCAAUCGACCAUGCAUCGUCCUACUUUAAUGUGGCAUGGAAUGUUCCAAAAUGUUGUGGGUGUGCACAAAGCAUCUCGGCUCCAUUUUACUGUUGUCUUGAAUGCGAGUUUUUCCUACAUGUAUGGUGUGCGAAGCUACCCGAGGAGCUACGACACCCAGCUCACCCACAACAUACUCUUUUCUUGAGCAAGGGCAGUAGUGUGAUCAAAUGCAAGUGCUGCAACUUAUUUGGCUCUACCCUUUUUUACGAAUGCGAAGAAUGUUAUUUCUACCUCGACUGCAAGUGUGCUUCCCUACCUCGAGUUAUCAAACAUGAAAGUCACGACAAGCACACUCUUGCCCUCAGGCCAACAUUCUCAUCUGGCACUUGCAUAUCAUGCAGUGCCAGUUUGAGAAUGUCAUUUGAAUGCUGGGGCUGCAAAUUCAAUCUAUGCUUGCGGUGCACUAUUUUACCGCGCACUGUUCGGCAUAGAUAUUGUUGACUUUUGAGGCCAUGUUUUGGCUCCAUCCUAUACAAAUGCAGAUUUGCAUUUACUCAGAAGAUUUGGCGUGGGUUGCAUUGAAUGCAAUUCAUUCUCCCAUGUGGGUGAUUGAAGUCAAAGAUUGGCAGUCUAUGAAGAUUUCUCAAGCCACGCUCAAAUCAGGAAAAAUCUCAGGCGUGGAUUUGCAUUGAUCCUCGCAUGGCCAUGAACAGUGAAGUUUGCACAGCCUAUAAAAUUCGAGCUUUGCUCCAUGUUUUUGUAUCUCUCUUGAGUGAGAGACCAGAGAGUGGGAAAUCAGAAACGUAUCUGAUUUUGUAUCAGUUUGAGAGAGUGUGAGUUUGAGUGAUUUGUAAUCCUCCUCCUCCUAAAUAUAAUCUGGCUGCCCCCCGUGGACGUACCCGAUUUUGGGGAACCACGUAAA